CUCACGGAUGCUAUGACUGUAGGAUCGUGCUAACUGACCCCUCUGGAGUUUUCACUUCUCCAUGCUUCCCCAGUGAUUAUCCCAACAGCCAAGCGUGCAAGUGGAUCAUCCGAGCACCUCAUGGAUUCAUCAUACAGCUAACGUUUAUUGAUUUUGACAUUGAAGAAGCUCCGGGCUGCAUUUAUGACUCGCUGAUUUUAGACAAUGGAGAAAGCCCAAUGAACCUUUGUGGCAUCACUGCCAAAGGAUUAUCCUAUAACUCCACCGGAAAUGAAAUGAUCGUGUCAUUUAAAAGCGACUUCAGUAUCCAAAAGAAAGGUUUUAAUGCCAGCUACGUACGAAUCGCCGUAUCUCUGAGGAAUCAGAAAGUCAUCAUUCCCCAGGUUCCCGACGUCGAUGCUGUGUCCGUGGCAGAGGGUGUCUCCAUGCCAGAGCUUAGCCAGUUCACCCUGUGCUUUGAAGCAACCAAGGGCAGCAGCGAUGACAACGACGACUGGAAGGUUUUCUCCUACACCGAUGCGUUGUCGACAGAAUUCUUCAGCUUCGGGAAGACAACAAAAGGCCAUUUUCUGUCCAUCUUGGGCACGCAGUGCAUCCUUGAGAAAGCAUUGCCUCGAAACGCAGAGUUUUUCACUGGAACCUUUCAACAGCUCUGCAUCGUAGGGGAUACCUUCUCGGGCAGUAUAGGUAUAUAUGCCAAAAGCAUCUAUCAUAUAGUGUACUGCCGGGAUAUCUUUAACAAAGUUAUCCCUGGGAAUGGGAGGCUGGUGCUGGGCUCUAACAGCAAUGAAGUGAGCUCUCUAAAUGGGGACAUUUACAACUUCCGCCUCUGGAAUUUCACCAUGAAUGCGCAAACGCUGGCCAACCUCAGCUGCGAUGUGAAAGGAAACAUUGUAGACUGGGAAAAUGAAUUCUGGAGUAUUCCAACUUCAGCACUGAAAGCAGAAAACAAUUUGAGUUGUGGCUCAUACCUAAUUCCCUCUUCUGCAAUUGAACCAACCAGUUGUGCAAACCUGGGAAGCCUUUGCCAAGCUACUGUAAAUGCUACUACUCCUACACCACCCACUGUCACCACUAACAUGCCCGAUACUAAUAGAAACGAUAAGCCAAACAAUGGUGGGCUGUUCUACAGGAUAUCUAUAACUGUCUUUAGUUCCAACUCCGAUUCAGUGUCGAAAGUACACGAUGUGGUUGCGGAAUGGCUAAACCGUACUUUCCAGAACUGGAAUUACACUGUGUAUGUGGUCAAUAUCAGCAUCCACCCUGGCUCCAUGAAAGAGGGAGUAAGAGAAAAAAGAAGUAUUAAAAGUUUUGGGGUUUUGGCUCUUCUGGUUUAUAAUUCUACCAACAACAUCAAUUUAGAAGAGGAAGACAUCCGACAGAAGCUCAUAAAUAAUAAUGGGACCAUGGAAGGAGGAUAUAAGCUUCAUACUGUGGAUGUUGAUCCAGUGGAAAAAUGUUUAGCUGAAGAAAACCCUCCGAACUACUUUUGGCCAGAUACCAGACCAACUGUGACCAACAUCACAUUAUGCCAUGGGAGCUCUGUUCAGACUGCAUCAAGAACAUGCUAUUUGGGUCUGCAGAAUUAUACAUCAUACUGGGGCCAGCCUGAUCUUAGAAAUUGCACAGAAAAUGCAGCUGAUAUAGCCAAUCAGCUUCUAAAUCUCACUGGUGAAGGGCAGCAGCUAACCUCAGACAAAGUAAAUGAUGUUGUUCAGAAGCUCAAAAAAAUUGUGAACGAUGAAGAAAUUGACCAAUCUCUGGGUUCUACCGUGGUGACAAUUUUUUCCAAUAUUCUGAACAGUUCAGACAGUGUGUUGGCAGCAUCAUCUUCAGAAGCUCUAAAAACUAUUGAUGCCUUGGCUUUAAAGAUCCAGUUCACUGGGCCCUCCAUGAGUAUUUCAACACGAAAUCUCGCACUUGGAGUGUCUUCUAUAAACUCAACUUCAUUCAAAGGUGGUUCUUUCAGUGUCAGUCCACAGAAUAAUGCAUCGGAUUUCCAGAUAGAUUUUGACAAAGAUCAGACAAACGCCUACGCUUCUGUUGUUCUGCCACCAAGUUUACUGAAGAAUUUAAGCCAAGAUGAGUUUGAAGUUAUAUCCAGGGCUCAGUUUACUUUCUUCAAUAAAAAUGGUCUUUUUCAGGAUGCAGAAAAUCCUGCCAAUUUGACUAGUUUUGUGGUGGCAUGCAGUAUUGGAAACAUAACCAUUCAGGAUCUUCAGGACUAUGUGACGGUUACAAUUAAACAUACCAAAAUUCAGGAAGAUCCUAAACCUACCUGUGUCUUCUGGGAUAUGAACAAAAAUGAUGGCAAUGGUGGCUGGAACCCUGAGGGGUGCGAAGUGGACCCAGAGUCCAAUGAAAAUGAGACCAUUUGCUUAUGCAACCACCUCACACACUUUGGGGUCCUAAUGGACCUUCAGAGAACCAGUACGCAAAUAGACCCACAGAAUACCAAGGCCCUCACCUUUAUCACUUACAUAGGCUGUGGGAUAUCUGCUAUAUUUUCAGCUGCAACUCUUCUGACAUAUAUUGCAUUUGAGAAGUUGCGAAGAGAUUAUCCAUCCAAAAUCCUGAUGAAUUUGAGCACAGCCCUGCUUUUUCUGAACUUAAUCUUCUUGCUUGAUGGUUGGAUUGCAUCGUUUGACAUAGACGGCCUCUGCACAGCCGUAGCUGCACUUCUGCACUUUUUUCUUCUGGCCACCUUCACAUGGAUGGGACUAGAAGCCGUUCACAUGUACAUUGCCCUAGUGAAAGUGUUCAACACCUAUAUACGGCGAUACAUACUGAAGUUCUGCAUCAUCGGCUGGGGUUUGCCAGCCCUGGUGAUUGCAAUCGUUUUAGCAAGUGCUAAUACAAAUGCAAGUCAUGUUUAUGGGAAACAGUUAUAUGGCAAAGAUGCCAACGGGCAAGGAGGAGAUGACUUCUGCUGGAUCAAGAAUGAAGUUGUCUUUUAUGUGACUUGCGCCGGCUACUUUGGAAUCAUGUUUCUGAUGAAUGUUGCCAUGUUUAUUGUGGUGAUGGUGCAGAUCUGUGGGAGGAAUGGGAAAAGAACUAAUCGGAGCCUGAAGGAAGAGAUCCUGAGGAACCUCCGCAGCGUGGUCAGCCUCACCUUCCUCCUGGGCAUGACGUGGGGCUUUGCCUUUUUUGCCUGGGGUCCCUUAAGUCUUGCUUUCCUGUACCUCUUCUCGAUUUUCAAUUCAUUGCAAGGUUUGUUUAUAUUUGUGUUCCAUUGUGCAAUGAAAGAAAACGUGCAGAAACAAUGGAGGAGACAUCUCUGUUGUGGCAGGUUCCGACUGGCAGACAAUUCAGAUUGGAGCAAAACAGCAACCAAUAUUAUAAAGAAGAGUUCUGAUAAUCUCGGGAAAUCCUUAUCCUCUAGUUCUAUCGGCUCAAAUUCAACCUACUUAACAUCCAAAUCAAAAUCUACAACGAAUACAUAUUGCAAACGAAACAGCCAUACAGAGAACGUUUUUCUUGACAAGCCAUCUUCAAAAUUUGCCCAAGAGGAUGGAGAACAGACAUCAAUCAUCCCUGUCCACCAGGUUAUUGACAAGGUCAAGGGAUACUGCAAUCCUCACUCCGACAACUUCUAUAAAAAUAUCAUCAUGUCUGACACGUUUAGUCACAGCACAAAGUUCUAACUGGGCUUCUGAUUUUUUUUUCUAUCAAAGGAAGAUAAAAGUCUGCCUGGAAUUGAGAAUACCACCUGUUUAGUUAUUUUUUUCCCAGUUUAUAAUGUUCUCCUGUUAACAGCUUCCA